AUGAUUUCAGAAUCUUUGGAAUACGAUCCCUUACACGAUCUUCAACAGAUAUUCUCGAAGCAGGAAUCUUUAUCAGAUAUUGAUAACCUAGUGCUAUUAACCGAAAAAUGUAAAUUUAAUUUAGAGGAGCGGGUACGAGAAAGCAAUAACACCAGUUCAGAAGUCAAUAGUUUAGAAGACAAUUAUGAUUUCCACAAGUUGUUUGAGAAGAUAAAUUCAACGAAGUCUCUGUCACAGAUUACUGAAGCAACCAUAUCCGACUUGACACAUGAUAUUUCAGAUUUGGAUAACGCUAAGAGGAAUAUAACGAGAUCGAUGACGUGCUUUGAAAAUUUGAAGAUCUUGAGUGAUGCAUACGUGAACUCUAAAAAGUACAUGCAAGCUGAAAAAUACAUUGAAAUGUGCGGCCCCUUUAAAGUUAUGCAUUCCUUAUCUGUAUCUUUCCACGAAUAUAAAUCUUUGGAUGAGUUUUGUAAGUUUCUAAAUCAAAUUCAUCGUUUAGAGAGUGAUACACUAUUGGUGUGUGAGAGAGUAACGAAAGAAGUGCUUAGGGAUGGGUCUAACAGUAAAUAUGACAGCAAAACGAUGAAAGACGGUAUAUGUUGCCUUGCGGACACUAAUAAGCAUUAUAAAGAAAGGAUUGUGCAAUUGUGUUUGGAUUCUCUAUUGUAUGAAAUUAAAGAAAUCUUCCAAAUUGAUGAUGAAGCUGGUUCUUUGGAGAAUUUGUCUAGACGUUACAUCUUCUUCAAAAAAGUAUUAAAUAAUUUCCAGUCUACUUUCAGCGAAUAUUUCCCAUCAGAAUGGGAGAUACCUUUGAAACUAACGGAUUCUUUCUUCACAAUGACGUCUAACGAUUUGAAAACAUUAUUGAAGAGAGAUUUGUCCGGUACCACCUCCAUUGACCUAUUCAUGCAAUCGUUACAAACUACCUUAGAGUUUGAAAAAUACAUAUCAGUGAAGUUUUCCCAUAUAUACGAGGGUAAAAUAUCCACUUGCUUUGAGCCAUAUUUGAAAUUAUGGGUUAGACACCAAGAUUCAUCUUUGAACGCCAAGAUGUUGACAUAUCUUAAUGAGACCAAGCUCCCAGCUAAAAAUGAAUCGCUUGUCGUUCCAUCCAGUGCAGACUUGUUUAGAACUUAUAGACACAUUCUUUCUCAAACUUUCAGCUUGAUAGAAGGCGGUAAUAAAUCGACCAUAAUGGUGGAAUUGGCGGUUUUCUUCGUCAAAUGGUUGAAUGAAUAUUAUGAAAAGAUUUUGAAACCAUUGUUGUUACCUGAGGAUACACAAAUCGAUGAUAAGAAUGAAGUAGUGAAAUAUACCGUUCUUCUUGUCAAUACAGCAGACUAUUGCGCAAAUACAAUUGAUCAAUUGCAAGAUAAACUCUGUGAAUAUCUUGAGAAUGAUGAGCCAAAUAUCAACAAAGUUGCAGCCAUUUUUGAACCUACAAGGCAAAAAUACAUGGAUCUCGUAUCGGGUGGUAUCAAUUUACUACUAAAUCGCAUCCUGAAGAAAGAUUUGGAAUUUGUAUGGAGGGAGUUCACAAACACAAAUUGGGCUAAUACAAUGGUGGAAGAUUACAGCAGAUAUGUGACUACCUUACAGAGUAUCCUCCUACCAACAAGAUCGGAAAAUUCAACAUUUUACUCCACUGUUUCUCAAUUCAAUAGAGAUCUUUAUGGUUGGAAUUUUAUUGAUAAAACUAUUGAUUUAAUAGCUAUCUCUUUUGAAUCUCAAAUUAUAAAGCUCUUGAAACCAGCUUUACCAUAUGGCACUCUUAAUUCGAAAAGACAGUUCGAUGUGAAGCAAGUGAUAAAUAUCGCAGAACAAUUAUUGUUAGACGUUCAACUAUUGAAGACAACGUUGCAUUCACUUCCGGAAAGUUUACCGCAACAUGACACAUCAGCUAAAAGAGUCACGAAACACAUAGAUAGUAAUGUGGAAAAACUAAUGCAUCUUUUAAAGUUACUUGUCUCUCCUAUUGACCCUGAUACAACAUACUUGGAAACCUAUUAUGCAAUAACCGCAAGUCAGAAUACAAACUCAAAUUUCUGGGCAUUUAUACUAGCGCUAAAAGGUGUACCUUGGGAUUUGGCACUUUGGAAAAGAGUAUGGUCAGAAUUUCAACAAUCAGAUGAUGAUACUCAACCGAUGAAACCAGAUGACCUUAUUUUCAACCCUAGAGAACUACAAAACUUUAUUUACAAUCUAUCGAGGGUAUCAGAUCCAUCAUGGAAAACAUUUUUGGAGGAAGACCUCAAGAUUAAACCUGUUCCACGUCCUGAUUUAUCCGUAGCUAUACAGUCCUCCCCUAGUCCACCCACUGGGUCUCCAUCCCCUAAGAUUCCUGGACAUAAAUUGAAUGAGAUAAAAAACCUUAUGUCAAACUCCAGUUUUUUUUUCAAGAAGGGCUAA